AUGGUGUUAGAUUCAUCAAUUCUUGGUCCAAUAAAAAUCAUUCCAGCUCAAGCAUAUAAAAAAGCUCAACAGCAAUAUUUUCAACAUGCAUAUAUAAAUAAAACUGAUAAAUUUGAAAAAAAUUUUAAAAAAAAAUCUAACGAAGAGUUUGAUAAUAAUAAUACUAUUCAAGAUAAAGAAAUUACUAGAAAAUUUUCUGAAUAUAAAAAUAAAAACAAUACUGAUAUUCCUAUAAAUAUUAAAUACUAUAUGAGUAAUAUAUAUGAAAAUGGUUAUAAUUCACAAUAUCAACAACAAAAAAUUCCUCAAAAUAGGGGAAUGUAUGGUCAAAAUGGAUAUUUAGAAAAUCAAUAUGGUCCAGCUUAUUAUAAUCAGGCAUAUUCAUAUGAUUAUGGUGGUGGAUAUUCUUAUAAUCCUGAUGUUACAUUACCUACAACCUAUAGACAAUAUCCUCAACCAUCUCCAACAACUGGUGGUGGUAAUAUAGAAAAUGGAACAUUAUUACAUCCCUAUAGACGAUCACGAACGGCUCCAGUACGAACGUUACCAAGACCAACAUCAGUUCAUAAUGCUUCUUAUAAUCCAUAUCCAAGUGUUCAAAAAAAUAAUCAUACUCAAGUUCGUGGACACUCAGCUGAUCCACCAUUAUUAACAAAUUAUAGGUAUGUAUCAAAUUAUGUUCCAACAUACAAUACUAGUCAAAGUAAACCAAAAAAAAGACUUUCUAAUACAAUAUUAAAUAAUUCAUAUAAUCAAAGAAUUAGAACAACAUCUGGUAUAAAAUAUUCACAGGAACCUAUAGAAUAUUUUCAAGCAAAACCACCAAGUACAAAUAUUUUUAACUAUAAUAAUACUGGACCAGUUUCACCAAGCGCUACAUCAGCUGCACCAUAUAAUCCAAUAUCACCUAACAACCCAACAUUACGUCGUGUUACUCCAUAUUAUACUAAUUAUCAAACUGCUCAUACAACUACAAUGUAUCCUGGAAGUUAUGGAGGUCAACAAAUUUAUCAACCUCAUCAACAAUAUCCUCAAUCUAUUUAUGGAGGUGGAAUUUAUGAUCGUAAGAGAGACCCGAAGGCUGUCAGUGCUGCUAUAUUAGGUCUUGUUAUUGGUCCAUCUACAGGUUAUUCAUUUCAUGAUUUUGUUAUAAUGACAAGAACUGAAUGGCAAGGUGCCGUUGUUGGAAUUGUUUCAGUUUUUGCAAUAUGUACUUUGUGCCUAUUAUUAACAAUAUGUUUAGCUAAUAAGCAGUAUUUUUGGCGACAAUUUGAUGUAGCAAUAAGUGGAUUUGCAAUAUUAUUAUAUUUAGUUACAUCUUUUCUUGAAGCUUAUUUUGCAGCCUGUUACCCACCUUAUGGAAAACAAAUUGAUAUAGUGUGCCAUAGAGCAGAGUGGAUAAUUGCUGAUAUUCUUUGUUUCAUCAAUCUUGUUAUUUAUAUAAUAGAUUUUGUUCUGGCAAUAAGAACAGGUGUUAAUAUUUUGUAA